UAGGUGCAUCAUGCGCUCUCUGCUGGAAGCCGUGUCCUACCUACACAGGAACCACAUCGUUCACCCGCGACCUGAAACCAGAGAAUAUCCUGAUGGACGACCACCUCAACAUCAAGUUGUCUGACUUCGGCUUCAGCUGCGUCCUGAAACCUUCCGAGAAGCUGAGAGAGCUCUGUGGAACCCCGGGGUAUUUGACCCUCCAGAGAUUCUCAAGUGUUCCAUGGAUGAGGACUCACGACCCCCUGAUAUGGGAAGGAGGUGGACCUGUGGGCGUGCGGUGUGAUCAUGUUUACCCUGCUGGCCGGCUCCCCUCCAUUCUGGGCACCGCAGACAGAUGUUGAUGCUUCGAAUGAUCAAUGGAAGGGGACGCUUCCACUGUUUAGUUCUCCGGAGUGGGAUGACCGAUCUGCCACAGUGAAGGAUCUGAUUACCCGUCUCCUCGAGAUGUCUCCCAGAAAAGCGUCUUACGGCAGACCAGGCGCUCCAGCAUCCGUUCUUCCAGAGUCACCAGAGAGAGCAGGGCUCGACUGUCACACCAUAUUACCGUUUUCGGAUGGCAGCCUGGGCAGCUUUGGCGUGUGUGCGAAUACUGAUGAGAUGGCGGCGAGCCCGGCCCGUUACAAGUGAACUUCUUAUUAGGGACCCGUAUGGUGUGAAGGGUACGGCGGCGACUGAUCGAUGCCUGUGCCUUCCGGAUCUAUGGGCACUGGGUGAAAAAGGGAGAGAGACAAAAUCGAGCAGCUUUAUUCCAGAACCAGCCCAAAGCUCUGCUGCUGACACUGGGGGAGGAUGAGGAUCAGGAUGGUGAGCUGUAA